AUGAAUGAAAAUGCACCAUUGUUAGGUGGUCCUGCGCCUUUAUAUCCUCCACUAGGAUCUUCAAAUGAUACAAAUUCACCUAUACCACCAUCAUCGUCACCAAAAGAUAAUACACUUCCUCCUCCUAAUCAAUAUCCACAAAUCGAAUUUAAUACUAGUUGGUCUCAAUGGAAAGAUCGUGGUUUUGCUAUUGCAUUUUGGAUUCAUUUUCUUGUUGUAGCUAUAUUUGGUUUUACCUUAGGAAUACCAGCUAUUCAUGCAGAUGCACAAAAACCUUUUGAUGAUCCAACACGAACAACAUUUGAUUAUAAUGCAGAUUUAUUUAUACGUGUUUUUGUUGGUGGUGCUGCUUUAAGUGGAACAAUUGCAUUUAUAUCAUUCUUUGUUUUACAACGAUGUGCUGGUCGAAUUAUAAAAUGUUCACUUUAUAUGGGUGUUGCAAUACAAAUCUUACUUUGUAUAGUUUUAUUUACAGUUGCUUGGCCUAUGGGUAUUAUAACACUUAUUAUUGUUUGUAUUUCAAUUUGGUAUAUUUAUGCUGUUCGAAAUCGUAUUGCAUUUGCUGAAGCUCAUAUACAAGUUGGUUGUGCUGC